AAGGAAUGUUUAUAUUACACGUCAGCUUAUAUAAAUUGCAACCACUUUUUUGUAAAAGCAUGAUGAUUAACAGACUGCUGAAAUUAAUAUUAGUCGUGACAAAUUAAAAUUAACUGUGAGAUUUAUUUAACAAAUUAUUAAUUAAAAAUGCGUCGUGCCGCUGGAGGAGGAAACUACCCGCAUUACGGGAAUGGGUCAACACAUGGGGGAGAUUCUGUCCUGGAACCGGAAAAUGAUAGGAUGACGGACGAACUCAAAGGAAAAAUUAAUUCUCUCAAAUCCUUAUCGAUAGAAAUAGGGUCGGAAGUUCGAGACCAAAACAGAUAUCUUGGCGAUAUGGAUAACGAGUUUGACUCUGCUGGCGGAUUCCUGGGCAAGGCGAUGGGUCGCGUAAAGAAAUUGGCGAGCGGUCAUCAGUCCUACAUUGUCGUGUACCUCGCCCUCUUCUCAUUUACCGUAUUCUUCAUUAUAUGGCUGCUCGUAAAAUUUACGAGCUAGAGUCCACUAAUUCCAAAUAGAUUUUUUAAGAUAACUACUCUUUGGUUGUUAUCAUGUGACAAAUUUGACAUAUACAAAUGCAUGAUAGGAUAUGAAUGAAUGAAUGAAUAAAUCGCAAUACUAUUCGCACUAUAUUACUUA